CCGAGAGUUUGCCCGCGAGCGCGGGGAAGUUUGCCUGCCCGAGCCGCGCUGCGGGGAAGGGCUGUACCUGCCGGCGCCUGCUCCUCUCGGCUCCCCGCGUCCGCUCGCCAGGUUAUCUCCUGGAACAACUGAUUAAGACAACAAGAAAGAAUUUAAUAUCACUAAAAAAACAAACCAUGUGAUCUUCUGAAAUGAGGAGAAAUGCAGCCAUUUGAAGUGGUCAUGAACCCCAAACAAGUGUUCCUCUCAGUGCUGAUAUUUGGAGUAGCAGGGAUAUUCUUCUUCAUGUAUUUGCAGAUCUGGAUUGAAGAACAACAUACAGAGAGAGUGGAGAAGAAAAGAGAACAAAAGGCAACUUCAGGAUGGGAGCCAGUAAACUACUUGGGACCUGCAGCCAGAAUCCUGACUAAAGAAAAGAUCCAGGAUCACAUCAUCAACCAGAACCCCCAGUCCCACGUGCAUGAGCAUCUGAAGGAAAACCUCCUCAACUCUGGGAGUCCUACUAGGUUCUUAACCAAAACCAACAACCCACAGGGGAAGGAGGAAGCUUUGAGUCGGACCAGAGGAUCUCUGGCAGUUAAGUUGAUUGAAAAACAUCAAGGAGCUAAUACCCUUUUUAAGUUCAGUGAAAUGAAUUGGCCCAUGAGUAUUCGCCCUUUAAACAAAAGUCUAGUCAAAGAUAGCAAGUGGAAGAAAACAGAUGUGACCCAAGAGAAACGCAGAUCUUUCCUUCAAGAAUUUUGCAAGAAGUAUGGUGGGAUGAGUCAUCUUCAAUCACGUCUUUUUCAUGCGGUAUCCAGAAUCUAUGUAGAAGAUAAACACAAAGUGUUAUACUGCGAAGUACCCAAAGCUGGCUGUUCCAAUUGGAAAAGAAUUCUAAUGGUACUAAAUGGAUUGGCUCCCUCUACAUACAACAUUUCCCAUGAUGCUGUCCACUAUGGGAAGUAUUUAAAAAAGUUAGAUAGCUUUGAUUUAAAAGGGAUAUAUACUCGUUUAAAUACCUACACCAAAGCUGUGUUUGUUCGUGAUCCCAUGGAAAGACUAGUAUCAGCGUUUAGGGACAAAUUUGAACAUCCUAAUAGUUACUAUCAUCCAGUAUUUGGGAAGGCAAUUAUAAAGAAAUACCGGCCAAAUGCCUGUGAAGAAGAAUUAAAUAAUGGAUCUGGAGUUAAGUUCAAGGAGUUUGUCCAGUAUUUGUUGGAUUCCCACCGCCCAGUAGGAAUGGACAUUCAUUGGGAAAAAGUCAGCAAACUCUGCUAUCCAUGUUUGAUUAACUAUGAUUUUGUAGGGAAAUUUGAAACUUUGGAAGAGGAUGCAAAUUACUUUUUACAGCUGAUUGGUGCUCCAAAAGAACUGAAAUUUCCAAACUUUAAGGAUAGGCACUCUUCUGAUGAAAGAACCAAUGCUCAGGUCGUCAGACAAUAUUUAAAGGAUCUAACUACAACUGAGAGACAGUUAAUAUAUGAAUUUUAUUACCUGGAUUAUUUGAUGUUUAAUUAUACAAGUCCAUUUUUGUAGUUUGUCUGCAUUUUCUAAAACUGUGUGUUUACUUCCUGAUGAUGGCCUCAAAUCAACUACUAUAAUUUUCCUAUAAUUCUGUUUGAGAGAAAUGAAGUUGUCCUGAUUUAAUGAAGAUUUUUAUCAAAUUAUAUGACACCAAUUGGCAGAAACUUAUAGGAAAAUCACCUAUAUAUAAACAACUUAAGUUGCUCAAAAAUGCUUGGAAGAGAACUGUUUUUGCAUUAUGGAUUGCAUUAUAAAAGCAAUAAGCUAGCCAGCUGGUACAGUAACUGCAACAGCCUUUUGCAAUGGUAGGAAAAGGGAACUAAAAAGCAUGUGUGUUUGUCUACAUCCUGUAAUUUGUUGUCUAAUGUGCAUGGAUAUAUUUCUAGCAGUCUGUGACAUAUUAAUCAAAGAAAAGAGAGCUUUCUUACACUCUGGAAAUCUUUCUAUCAACUGUAAUGAUACAUUGACUUUGAAAUGUUGAACCUAGGCAUUUUGCUUUAGAUUGGAAGGCAUUGUAUGCUUUAC